AAGCAUGGAAGACAAGAUGCACACUGGAAAACAUUGUAAAAUAAUUCCCACACCGAACAGGCUGCCUAUUCGAACCAUCCCACAGAGUAGGAACAGAUGCAACACACUUCAGGGCUUUCCACUUCCAGUCCGUGCCAGUGGUCCAGAAGGAUACCAGAUCAUCGUGGUAGUAAAAGCCCCCGAGAGAUCUAGGAGCCCAACGUUCUUGCUCAAAUCAGUGUGGGAGAUCUCUUACCAACUGUUCGUGUCGAGCAACAUGUGAGUCCUUGGGAAUCUGCUGCCCUGAUUAUUGGGCGUUCUGCUUGAAUAUCUCUCCUUAUUCAGGAACUCUCCUGGGAGGAAAAGAUUUUACCAUUUUAAAUGUGACCUUUGACAGCUCUUCUGAUAUAAAGUGCAGGUUUGUGCAGGAAAUUGUAACCAGUGGCUAUGUCGCUGAAGAUGGACGUGCUCACUGCAUCUCUCCUUUGCUCUACCAAACAGGCAUGAUUAGCCUGGAGAUUUCUCGUGAUGGCGGGCAAACAUAUCCUCAUUCAAGUGUUUGGUUCUCAGAUCAUCACAGCAAAGUUGCACCUUCGGAAAAAAGCACCCUGGUGAAUGAAACUCAGUGGCAAUACUAUGGCACUCCUGGGACUGGUGGGGAGCUGACGGUGACCUGGAACGAUCAGACGCUGCAAGCCAGCCAUGUCAACAUAGAACUCUGGGGAUAUCAGGAAACUGGCCAGCCGUACUCUGAAAACUGGGCUGCUGAAUGGAAGUAUCUGUACACUCUGAAAGAAAACGCUUCUAACACAGGAAUCUUUACUUUCCUGCCUGCCCCUUCUGCUGCCUACAGUGCCUGGGAACUGGGGGCCCUGAGAAUCACUUCCAGCGGCUCUUUGGAGGGGCAGAGCAAUGUGGCCGCCAUCUGGAGCUCGGAGCAUGCCUUGGCUUGGCACCUGGAAGAGGCCUUUAGGGAAGACUCAGCUGCGUGGGCAGCAGCCAAGUGCCACGCGUGGGAUGCCAAAGAGAUGGGCCUGCCCAGUUUCCUGACAGAGAUUAUUGACUGCCCCUGCACUUUGGCCCAGGCCAGGGCAGACACGGGUCGAUUUCAUACAGAUUACGGCUGUGAUAUAGAGAAGGGAAGUGUGUGCACUUACCACCCGGGAGCUGUGCACUGCGUAAGAGGCAUUCAGGCCAGCCCACGUUACGCUGCUGGGCAGCAAUGCUGCUAUGACGCCACAGGAGUGCAGGUCCUCACCGGAGACUCCACUGGAGGAAGCACGCCUGAUCGCGGGCAUGACUGGGGGUCUCCUCCUUACAACAAGCCCCCCCGCAUCCCUGGCUUUUCCCACUGGCUCUAUGACGUCCUCAGCUUCUACUACUGUUGCUUAUGGUCUGGGAACUGUUCUUACUACUUCAAGCACCGUCCUUCAAGUGGCUGCAAGCGCUACCGACCCCCUAGAGCGGCUUCCGCUUUUGGAGAUCCUCACUUCAUCACAUUCGACGGGACACAUUUCACAUUCAAAGGCCUUGGUGAAUACACAGUGUUGGAAUCCCACCUAACUUCCCUGAGAGUGCAAGGGAGAACUCGCCAAGCAUUACUGAAUGGAACUGAGGCCAAGGUGACAGGCUUCGCUGCUAUUGCAAUGCAGGAGAAUAACUCAGAUGUGGUCGAGAUGCGCAUUCCUGAGCAUUCCAACACGUUGGAGGUGCUCUUGAAUCACAGGGCCGUCAACUUCUCUGAGCAAACAUGGAUGGACUUGAAAGGUCUCUUUCUGUACGCUGUACCUGGGCUGAGUGCGACUGUGAUGUUCUCCUCCGGAGCUGGAGUAGAAGUGAGAGGAAGUGGGACGUUGCUGGGCGUGACUGUUCUGCUGCCUGGGCAGUUUCUGGGCCACACGCAGGGCCUCUUUGGAGUCAUGAAUAACAAUCCAGAGGACGAUUUUACCCUUCGCAAUGGAACGAUUCUUCCUAGCAACAGCAGCAGCAGCAGCAGCAGCACCUCGGAACAGCUGUUCGCAUUUGGAGCAGAUUGGGCUGUUAGAAACUCAACAUCGCUUUUGACAUACGACACGCCACACUUACUGCACAGCUUCUUCUAUGGACCAAAGCACAACACCUCCUUUGUGCCAGUGUUUUCUCCCUCCGAGGACCCCGCCGACCCCCUGCAAAAGGAGAUGGCUUUGCUCUGCCAGACGGACCCUUUCUGCAGGUUUGAUGUCAUGACCACCAGGGAUCUUGCGGUGGGGAACAGCACUAAAUGGUCGCAUCAGAAUUACAAGCGUCUCAAGGAGAAUUUGCAGCCAGUGGUUUCUUGUGACUGGCUGGCACUCCCCACAAAUGGUAGGAAAGACAGCACCAACUACUUAGCAGGCUCAGUCGUCCGCUUCUGUUGCAAUCCCGGAUACACCCUUGCAGGAUCCGCAGAGAGGACGUGCCAGAGCAACGGGGAGUGGUCCGGAGACGCAACCACUUGCUUCCCAAGUGCAGGAACCAAGCAACAGCCCCCCUUCGGCACCAUAUUUGGAAUCCUUGGCUUGGGGAGUCUUGCAGUCCUGGUAUUCUAGCCCAUUGUUUGCCUCUCCGUCAUAGUGGAAGGGAUCCCUUUGAGAAUUUGCUUUGACUGUCAAACCUCUGCUGCAGAAGGGGCAGCACAGAGGAACAUGCAGGCUGAACAUUUUGGUUCAUGUUUUUUGGCAAUUUGAUCAGGCUUAAACUGUGACCUCAGUUGACUGACUCAUGUCAGACAGUAAUAGCCUCACUGGUGCUAGGCUUGCUGGCCACUUGUGAUUGGAUCCCGUUGCCUCAGCUAGCUCUGGCCCGUGCUGUCUCCGCCUGCUACUUUUGGAAUGUGUCCGUUCAUUCACCUGUGAAAUCUCUGCCACCCUCUGCAGUUUCCAUUUCAUUCUUCUGAUGAAGGAGGCCCCAGUUUUGAGACUCAUGCUACAAUAAAACCGUUUGUCUACUAGA